AUGGUGCACAGCGUGGAGGAUGCCUGGACUUGCUGGAUCACCCUUGGAUUGACACUUGUGGGCUCAUUGGCCUUCGAUGUAGGGUUCUCACCUCCCAGGGUUGGGGCAUUGUCCUUCCAGACGGCUGCAACACUGACAUGCUUCUGGUUUUGCAUGGCCUUGGUCUUCGAUGCGUUCCUGCUCAGCUACUCAGGUUGGGAAGCAAGCUCGGGCUUCAUGCAGGGCUUCCUGCUGGAGUACAUGCUGAGCUUUGACAACCUUUUCGUCUUUCAUUUGGUGUUUUCCUACUACUGCACACCGGAGGAUUUGAUGUACCGAGCCCUGUACUUUGGCAUCGCUGGCGCCAUUCUCUUGCGGGUGGUGUUUCUGUCAGUUGGCUACACUGUGCUGAACCGGCUGGUGCUGGUGAAACUCGUCUUUGGUGUGAUCCUUGUCUACAGUGGCUUAAAAACAGCUGCUGAUUUGGAAGAGGAAACAGACCCCAGCAAGAACCAACUGGUCGCGCUGGCAGCAAAGGUUCUGCCUAUCAGCGACCACUACGAGCCACAUGGGCAUUUCUUCCUUGAUGAGGAGACCGUGCGAGAUGACAUGUCGGAUCGAGGGCGCAGCCCGUCCCUUGAGGGAUUAUUGGCAACAGAAGAUGCGGCUUUCAACACGCUGCCGCGCUUGGAGUCUUUUGAGGGAAGCAGCCUCCUGCGAGCCCCAGAGGACAGAGGGCGCCCCAGCAAUCCGCGUGAAGGCUCGGAGCUAUUUCGUGCUCCGCGUGCGCGCCCGAAGGCAUCGUUGCUAUUGCUGGUGGUGAUCGCGCUUUGGGCUGUGGAUGUGAUCUUUGCUAUCGACACCGUUGCUUCGAAGCUUGCAGCAGUCAACGAUGUUUUCUUAAACUGCGCCUCCUCCGCCUUUGCCAUGAUGGGGCUCAGGUCGCUGUACUUUAUCAUGGAGUCCUUGGUUCAGACCUUCUACAUGUUGAAGUACGGGAUUGCUGCCGUCCUCAUACUUAUCGGGUUGAAGCUGUUUUUCUCCCCGUGGCUGGACAUCUCCAACUCCGUGAUGUUUGUCACGAUUAUCGUGAUUUGUGCAGCCAGUGCUGCGUCAUCGUACUGGGUUGAACAAGUUCCGGAUACCUGCAAAGGUGCGAACGGCCUGGAAUCUGAGGAGGACCUCGAGCGCACAGAUAGAGGCCUUGAGCGAGAGGGUGCCGAUUCCCCCACAAACCAAACUAUGCUGGAGGAACGAAUGGAGCCUGUCACACCUUCCAGGCCGGUGCCACUGAGAGUUCAGGCGUCUGAAAUUUCUGAGCCGUUGAAGUUCGAGCAAUUUGAACAUUUCGAGCUCCAGCCGGUAACAGGGCCAUCAGAGCCAUCAGAGCCAAAGGACAAGGACUGGCCUCACGAGUCCGAAGUGGGGCACAAUCCAAGCAGGGAAAGCGGUGCCUCACUCCGAGCCGGAACUGAAGAGGAUGGGGGAGACCAAGGUGACCAGGCCGAUCCUGGCGAGCUGAGUCCAGCACAGACAGAGGAGGAAUUGGUGCUGGGAACAAAAAGGCUAGACUCGCUAGACCGUUGUGGUGCUGAAGAGCUUCGCACCUUCGAGAAUUUCGAGAACGCAGAUCCAGGAGCCACAGUGGGAGUCUUUAAAUCCACGAAGAUUGCCCUGCAAGCUCAUACAUGUGAAUACCUUGGCAAUGAACCGGCACAGGAGUAA